AUGUUCAAGGAUGAUGUUGAGGCGCAGAAGUUCCUUCGAGAGGAAAAGAAGGUGUGGGGUGCGACGGAGAAGUUGAGUGGAUUGGUCGGAAAGGCUGGAGGAUUUGAUGCGAUUUAUUAUGUUGGUGGACAUAGACGUGAGUGCUUGCUUGGUCACUUUCUGGGCCUCUUGUUGACUCGCUCUCCCUGUGCCAUGUUCGACCUUGCGACCGAUGAGUCGUCUAUCAAGCUAGUGCGGGAGUUCUACGAAGCUGGGAAGGUCACAUCAGCAGUCUGCCAUGGCCCAGCAGCCUUCGUUGAUGUCAAGCUUUCGGACGAUAAGUACAUCGUCUCGGGUCAAACGGUCACCGGUUUCUGCAACGACGAAGAGGAUUCCAUCAAUUUGUCAAGCGCCAUGCCUUUCAUGCUUGAGACAGUGCUGAAGGAGCGAGGAGCGAGGAGCCACCUUUGUCAAGGCGGAGCAGAAUUGGGGUCCCAGAGUCGUGUGCCCGUGACAGCAGCCAUAGCAGGCGUCAGCGCCGUCGCUGCAUAUCUGGAUGCCAAAUUCCACAUCUCCCACGACUUGAAAGCUGGCAGUCUCAACAACGCCGCCGCUGAAGCUCUGAACUUCGUCACAGAAAAGUACCUCCAGAAACGACUCACUAUCUACCACCUUAUCGAAGACAAUGCGCUUGGUCCAAAAGCUUCCAACCUCUUCCUGGAAUUCGAAGGUCGAUCUUGGACUUACAAACAGUUCUACGACGAUGUGCAGCGGGUGGGGAAUUGGUUGAUCAACGAUCUUGGUGUUCAGAGUGGCGAGAGGGUUGCUAUUGACGGGUCGAACAGUGCGGAGUACUUGAUGCUUUGGUUUGCAUUGGAGGCAGUUGGAGCGUGCAUUGCAUUUAUCAAUUGUAACCUUACGGGUGAUCCGCUUGUGCAUUCUGUGAAGCUUUGCAAGUCGAGAUACAUCAUUGCCGAUCGAGACGUGCGGCAUCUGGUCGAUCCUUGCAGUGCUCAAUUUGCCGAGUACAAGAUCAAGCCAGUAUACUACGAUGAGGCCUGCUUCGGAUCGCUGGCAUCAGCUGGACGCAUCCCACCAGACAGGACAGCGGAGCUCCUACCCACUGAUCUGGCAUCGUUGAUUUAUACAUCAGGGACAACAGGUCUGCCGAAAGGUGUGAUGAUCACGGCAGGACGUCACGUAAACACAGCAAGGUCAAUCUCAACAUACCUCAAGCUGAAACCAAACGAGAAAUUCUACACCUGCCUCCCACUCUACCACGCCGCCGCGCAGAGCUUAUGCUUGACGCCAUCGAUCUUCGCUGGCUCGGCAAUUCGACUCGGCCGCAAGUUCUCGCAUAAGACGUUUUGGCCUGAAGUCUGCGAAUCUGGCGCCAAUAGGUUGCAGUAUGUUGGCGAGCUGUGUCGAUAUCUCGUCAAUGCUCCCGUACAUCCACUGGAACGAGCACAUAAUCUGCAUGAAGCUUGGGGUAACGGUUUACGUCCAGAUGUGUGGGAGACCUUUCGCACUAGAUUCGCCAUCCCAGUCAUACAUGAGUUGUACGCUGCUACGGAUGGCUUAGGUGCCAUGUUCAAUCGCAAUCGGGGCGGAUUCUCCAGUGCUGCUAUAGGUAUUAGAGGCUCGAUAUGGCAUUGGCGCAAUGGCAGAAACGAGGUUCGAGGGCGAAUCGAUGCUGAUACCGAGGACUUGGUUCGUGACUCCAAUGGCUUCGUGGUCAUGGCUCGGACGGGUGAGGCUGGCGAGGUGUUGCAUCGUGUCGAUCCCGCUAUGGCUGAGGCAGUGUUCAAAGGCUACUUUGCCAACGAGUCAGCAUCAGAGAAGCGUUGGCUACGAGACAUCUUCGAGACAGGCGAUCUCUUCUUUCGAAGCGGCGAUGUCAUGCGGGUCGAUGCUGAAGGCCGGGUAUACUUCGUGGAUCGACUAGGCGAUACCUUCAGAUGGAAGAGCGAGAACGUUUCCACCAACGAAGUCUCCGACACGCUGGGAUCCUUCGACCAAAUCGCCGAAUGCAGUGUCUACGGCGUAGCUGUGCCAGGAGCUGAUGGUCGGUGCGGCUGUGCCACUAUCGUGCCUGCAUCAUCAACCUCACCUGACAACAUGGACUUCGCUCGUUUGACUGCGCAUGUGAGCAGUCGGCUGCCUCGCUACGCCGUGCCUGUCUUCCUUCGAAUAGCUCCUGAGUUGGCGUAUACAGGCACGUUCAAGAUUCAGAAAGGCCAGGCAAAACGAGAGGGCGUCAAUCCCGAUCUCAUCGAGCAGGCCGGUAGCAAGGACGUGGUUUACUGGCUACCUCCAUCUGGAUCCUGCUAUGUGCCGUUCAAAAGGAAAGAUUGGGAGGCGUUGGAGGCUGGAGAUGUCAAGCUGUAG